AUGCAUAAUCAAACUUUGGACGUAGAAAACGCCGGUGUUUAUGAAUUAAUAACAAAAUUAUGCGAGAAAACAGCAGAAAAAUGUCAGAACAGGUCAAUAUCACGCAAGCUUUUAGCUUCAAAAUUGAGGGCACAUUCGUAUGAAGUUAUUUUAAAGAAGUCUCCCUCAGGCGUUCCAGUAUCGAAGUCUGAUCCAAUCAAAGAGUUAUUGUCUCAUCAUUUUGUGUCACAUCAAACAAUUAAAAAUGUAGCUGAAUACAAGCGGUCUGUUGAAUUAAAGAAAGUUAUUACGGAAAUUCGCAACACUAAUUUUGGAGAGAAAACCGAUGUAGUUAACAAUGUCCUUCGAUGUUUGAUUCGACUUAUAAACUCUGUAAAGGAAGAUCUAUCAACUGAAAUGUUUCAGAAUCCAUUUUCACUUGGUCUUUUCGAUGAAAUGCUACCAAAGCCUAAGACAGAGAUAUUCGGGUCACCACAACCGUAUCCAUAUUUUCCGGAAUAUGUAUUUGAACUACCAUAUUCACUGAAACGUCAGGAACAUAUUCUAGACAGGCAAUAUUCUCAAUGUUACACUGAGUAUACAGUAGAAAGCUUUGAUUCAAGAUCAUUUCUUCCUGAUAAUAAAUCGCAAGCAACUGAAGAUGUUAAAACAUUUCUUAGUCCAAUGUCAUUAGCAUCAUUGACUUCAACAUCACUGUCUCCAUAUACAGAGUCUGCAAAAUUUAACUAUCCAAGGUUAACUGCUCCGAGAGAUCUUCAAAUACCUAGAUCAGAAAGUACAGGUGUUAAUAUUAAGGUAUCUUUAGUAAGCACAAGUCCAAAAUCAGACAUGCCUGAAAUAUUCCCAGUAAGAAAUAAUGAUUUAGUGGAUAUUUGGGAGAUUGUUACUCAGAUAGAUAAAGAUAUACCCAAAGAUAUUUGGGAUAUAGUUUGCAAAAUGCCGCAAAUAAAAGAUAGACAGCUAAUAUCCUCUUCUGCUAGAGAAAUGGGUUUGUGGAGAAAUAUUUAUGGUGGAGAAAUUUUAGAUCUUAAAAUUAUUUCUGAAAAACAGUUUAUAAGACAUAUAAUGUAUUUGAUUAUUGGUGUAGAGACUACUUCAUUUCCGUUUAGUGUGGAAUCAAAUUGUUUUUACAUGAAAGAUAACUUAGUUUUGGAGGCUGUAUCCAAGGAACAUUUAAAGGGAUAUAUAGCACCUUUACUACUUGUAGGAACAUAUUAUAGGCGUCUUUAUAAUUUCGCUUUUAAUCUCAACGUUGAAGAUCAUUUUCAUAGCAAAGGACUUGUUUUUGAAGCUUCCAGAGAAGUAAUAAGGAGAUAUCUACUACAGUUCCGUCUGAUCGCAACACAGAUAUAUGAAGAACAUUGUAAAGACAACCCAGAGGAACUGAAUUGUAUGCCAACGUUAUUGCAGCUUCUCCAUCAUAUAGAACCUUUAAGUUAUGAGAUUGAGACUAUUGCUUCAAUAUACAAAAUGGUUGAUUCAGGUAAUUUGACAUCCAUACCACAUGGAGCCGAAUUGAUGUCAUAUUUGUUCAACGAAAUAUCUCUUGUAACCCACAGGAAGACAACACUUACACUUUUCAACUCACUGUUUUGUAUUUGCAAGGUUUAUUUUAAAUUUAUUGAAAGAUUCAUUUUCGAAGGUGAACUAGAUGAUAAAUACCACGAAUUUUUUAUAAGAAAAGACAAUCAGUAUGUGAAUUCUCGUUCGAAACGUUACUGGGAUAAAGGGUUUCACAUCACACUAAGUGUGGCGGUGCCUGAUUUCUUGAGACCACUGGCAACAUUUAUACUGCUCUGUGGGAAAUCCCUGCGACUAUUGAAACUUUGUAAUCCUAGUGAUCCCCUAGUGUUGCUUAUAUCAUCAGACCACCCCUCAGUACGUUGUUGCGCUAGCUUCGAAGAAUUAGAAAGGCAGCAAGAAAUAUUAGACGUUUAUCGUACACGAUGUCUGUUUGUUAGUGGAGAACCGGUCACAUUCGAACAGAUAUUGCUUAAGAGGGAGGCAGAGAGGAAAGCCUUCACUGAAAUGGCCUCAUUGAAACAGGCUGAAACGUUGGAGAAAAUUGUUGCUGAAAGAAAAAGAUUAGCACAAUUAAUAAUAGCAGAAAAGCAGCAUUCCUUAAGGAUCCUAGAAGCGGCAAUGGCUGAAGCAAAAGCCACAAAGAACAAGGCUAAAAAACGGCAAAAGCAGCUUAGUGAGUUAGAAGAAAGUGCUGAAAGGGCUUCUGAAGAAGUAGACUCUAAGCUAAGAGAUGAUGAAAAGACGAAGAUUAUGGAAUAUUAUUCGAAAUUGAAUAUGGAAGUAGAGAAAAGUAAAAUUCAUACAGAAUGGAAAAUAAAACGUCUACAAUUAGAUCAAACUAGAAUACAACUUCUAUCUACAGAAGAAAGGAAUUUAAAAAGAGAGAAAUUAGAACUGGAACAUCAGUGCAAUGAAGUUAUGGCGAUGUCAAUACAAAGUGAUUUUAAAUCAGAUGAUGAUUUCGAUAAUGUUGAUAACAAUAAUGGCAAUACGUCAACGGCUGAUUCAACACCCUCCGCAGAUAUAAGCGAGGGACAAUCAGUAGUAUCAGAAUUCAGUAGAAACAAAGCAAAAACACAAAACUCUUCAGAUGUAUUUAGCUCUAUUUGUAAUGUAGCCAAAAGUAUUUUUGGUGUCUCAACGUCUAAGGAGGGAUCGCCCUGUGAUAACGAAGUAGAAAUGGAUAACCAAGGAAAUGUCGUAAGAGCUAAUACAGAAAAUAAACUGGAAACUAAAGAAGAAACGUCAAAUGACGUCAUUGGCGCUAACUUGGACAACGCAAUCGAUAAUCUUAGAUUCCUUGAAAAUAAGCAGGAAGCAUUGAGGAAUCGGCAGAAAGUUAUGGCUCAUGAGUUCGGUCAAUUAGAUACAGAGAAUAAUCAGACUAAAGAUCCUUUGCUGAAUAUAAAUAUUCAGUCACUCGAUGAAGAAAAUAAUAAAGAGGAAUGGACGCCUAAUGCCGAAGCUAGAAGAAAUAAGCUAAAAGUAUUAGGAGCUGAAUUUGACAUAAUCAAAGAGAAAUCUAAUAAAGAUGUUGUAGUUGAGCCUAGAACUGAGGCUCAAAAAGAAGCACUGAAAAAUAAACUUAAAGUAUUAGGUGUUGAAUACAAUCUUCCAUUACAAAAUACUGUCAUAAAAGAGCCAGCAAAUACGGCUCAAGAAGAAGCUUUACGUAAUAGGGAUAAAGUUUUAGGUUCGGAGUAUGCCAUUAGCAUAAAAAGUGCAGAAAAAUUUGAUUCUGCUAAGAAAUCUGGCUUAAGGUUAAAUUUAAAACCAUACAGUGAAACAUCAGUUGUGAAGACUGCUAGUGUUACACCAAACGCUGGGGCGAUAACUCCUGGAGAUUUGUUUCCACAGCUCGACUUAGAAACUCCUACAACUGCAGACAUACCAGUGGACGGAGGCUUAACAAGUGACAUUUUUACACCACGGAGUGAAGGUAGUAAGGAUUUAGAAUCGGCUAAAGUGAAACCAGAUAAAGAGUAUUUAACAUCAGAAGGAUUUAACUUUUCAUUGAUCGUUGAGGAUGAAACCGCAGCCUCCGAAGUCAUAAGCGACGUUCAAACAGAAGUCAGUCCAGGAAACUCACCUUCUAAAAGUGUAGAUUUUUAUGAUUUACCAAUAUCUAGUAAACAAUCAUUAUUCAAUAUAAUAGAUGGCUCGUACAGUCUUGAAUCAUUUGAUCCAUUUGGCAUGAAGCAACUCCAGUACUACACUAAAGAUUAUUUUAAUAAUAAAAUUAAUCAAGACACAUGUUCGAUUUAUACCCAUCCAGCAAUUUUAAUGGAGGAAGUUAAAAGGAAACCUUAUAACAAUAUCUUCAUGUCACACUGUGACCCAGACGUGGAUGAUCAGAAAAUAUCGUGUGAUAAUAUAGCAACACUUACCGCUUGCUUACAAAGAUCAGUAAUGUUGCCACUGACAUAUCAAUUAGAAGUCGUGAAUAAUUCGAUUCUAACGCAUUUCCUCGUUAAUUUGGAUAUGUAUGAACAUUUGAGAAGUUUGAAGGAUUACUUCUUUCUGAUGGAUGGAGAGUUUUCUAGAAGUAUCUGUCACAACUUGUUUACCAAAUUAAUUAAAACAUUGAAUCCACAAGAAUUAUUGAAUUUUGCUACAUUGCACAAUAUUCUAGAUAAAGCCCUAGGAUCAUCGAUUUCGCAUGUCCACAAAUUUUCCGAAAAUUUAUCCUUUACGAUCACGGAACCUCCUUUAAGUUUUCAACACAGUUCCCCAGAUGUGUUGCAAUGUCUAUCUCUUACAUAUUCUGUGAGUUGGCCGUUAAAUAUUAUCUUGUCUCAGGAAGCUUUACAACGAUACGCCAAAGUAUUUCAGUUUUUAAUUAAAAUGAGACGAAUAUUUUGGGUGCUAAGCGAGGAUUUCGAGGCACUUAAAUUAACAGCAAAGUUAUCGAGGCAACAUUCAAGACAACUCUUGAAGUCGCCGCAAUACAUAUCGAUACAGAUCUAUAGACAUAAUAUGGCAUCCCUAAUAAGGGCAUUAGACAAUUAUAUUGUCACGACAUGUAUACUAACAUCGUGGACGGAAUUCGAGAAAGAUCUAAAGAAAGCUCGGACAUUGGACGAUUUGUACGAAUGUCACGUUGUUUAUAUAAAGAAAGUUCUUUUUAGAUGCCUUUUGAAUAAUAGAUCGACGCCCGUAAUGAAACUUCUGAACGAUAUUUUCACUGUUAUAUUGAAAUUUAAUCGAGUCUUAAAGGCUGGAGAAUGGCGUCAAAACGAACUCAACGGUUACUUUACGCAUACAAACUAUGUUCAAAUGGAAGAACUUUUCCAUUUGUUUGAAAAAUUAGCGAAAUACUUACACAAAGUCAUCACAAAAUUAAUGGAAUGUGGAUACCAGAGGCACUUAGUCGAAUUACUGACUAUGGUAAACUUAAAUGGCUACUACGACCCAGACAGGUCGAAAGAAGAUACUAAUAUGAGCUUACAAUAUGAUAAAUGAUAGUCACCAAAAAUUUCAUGUACACUUUGCUUUAAAUGUUAGAUACUAAAUACCUUAGGUAUUAUUAAUUGUCCUAGAACUUAUAUUUGUAACUUUGUUACAUAACAUGUAGGAAACGAAUUCUUUGUUACCAAUUAUUUAAGUAACCUGUAACUUUUAGUUCUCGUAUUGUAUUGUAUGUUUAAGCCUAGCUCUCACCUAAGAUCAAAGGCCCAACUCCUUGGUCAAAAAUAUGAUCAUAAUGCGAAAUUGUUUCUCUAUAAAUUAGCGAAUUUCCUUCAUCAUCAAGAGUGAGACAAACUUUAGCAAUUAAUAAUUUAAUGGUGAUGAUUUUUGCACAUUCGUUUUCUAUACACUGAGCCUUCUUGUGUGAAAUAAGGGACUUUACAUGUAUAAACACGAACUAAAAACUAACUCAAAAUUUAAUUAUGUAAAUUAUAACGACUUAUUUGUCUGAAACAAUUAUACAUUUUCAGAAUGCUAGAAGUACGGAAUUACUAAGUUAGUUUUUUACCAAUGAAGAUUAGCUAUUAUGUAAAUAUAUUGAACAAUUUUUAUUACAUUUCCUAAAAAUUA